UGGAGUGAGAGAGAGACAGGUUAGAAAGGGAGUUGAGAUAUUUUGCGGGUAUAUUGCACACGUGUUGCAUUUGGUGAUAGAAACUGCCAGUUAAAAAAAAAUUACCUUCGCGUGUCACGUAAAUGGAAAUAUAUACAAGUGAAUAAUGACUAAAAGAAUUGGUUUAGCACUAAAAGCGUCAGUUGUUGUUGGCACUAGUUUGACUAGUUGGUAUGCGGGUCAGUAUUAUGAACGUUGUCAACAACUGAAAGAUGAAAAAAACAAUGAGCACAGAUUUUUUAACUUCAAACGAAUGCCCGGUUUGCCAAUUUUUGGCACUGUUUCGGCAGCAACACCCGUUGUUCCAACUGACAAUCAAGUUGACAUGGGCAACAAACUUACACCAGCAACUUCAAGAGUUUCACAAAUUAUGAAACAUGGAUUUCCAGGCUUUGAUACUAUAAGAUCAUUCGAUGAUUAUGUUUUGUCAUACGACAGAAGAAAUAAAAUAGCUAAUUGGGUCUUUGAACAUCUGACUCGUGACAAUUUGUACUCUGAGAAGAAGGUUGACAGGUCAAAAUGUGAAUUUAAACUUGAUGAAAGUAUUCAUCCAUACUUCAGGUCGUUGAAUAGUGAUUACAAAGGUAGUGGUUUCGAUCGUGGACACCUGGCAGCCGCUGGGAAUCAUAAACUCUGCCAGAGCCAUAUGGAGCAGACUUUCUUUUUAUCCAAUAUGGCACCACAAGUGGGUGUUGGAUUUAACAGGGAUUCGUGGAAUAGAUUAGAAAAGCACGUGAGAAAAUUGACGAAAGUGUACACUGAUGUGUACGUUUGCACAGGUCCCCUCUAUCUGCCAAGAAAAGAAGUGGAUGGUAAAAAGUAUGUAAAGUACCAGGUUAUUGGUGUUAAUCACGUAGCAGUACCCACUCACUUCUACAAAGUCAUAGUUGGACAAACGAGUGAUUCAAAGUUUGAAAUGGAAGCUUAUGUUAUGCCGAAUGCAGUAAUUGAUGAUAGUACACCCUUAACGAGCUUCCAAGUUCCCCCAGAAAGCGUUGAACGAGCAGCAGGACUACUAUUCUUCGACAAGUUAUCACGCGAUAAAUUAAUUAAAAUUAAUGGCAAGAAAGUGUGAUAUGUAGUAUAACACUUUGAUCAUUAGAAUAUUGUACAUUAUUCUGCUGGACGCUGUGAAGGCGUCUCCAUCGGGUGAAAAAUAGAAAUAGAAGUAUCAUGAUUUGAAUUAUAGUUCGUAUUGAUAUUAUUAUUUAUUGAUAUUGUUAUUAUUAUUCGAAUGGUAAGAAAAUAAUAAAAUAAAGUGAUUUUAAAAAUGUU